AGUCAUUCGACCAAGAUUUAACUAUGCCAGGGAUGGGAGGCCGCCGCAACAUGGCGAUCCUUCGCGGCUUGAUUUUAUACACUGUUUGCAGAAAGGCGUGUAUCUGUAAUCCCACCACCAGACAAAAGCCUAACUGCAAAUCCAACAUCUUUGCUCAAGAAGACUACCGUAAGAGUGUACUUUACUUCUUCGGACAUGAUCCUGUUCUUGAUCACCCCUGCUCGCCUUCCUCUGUUUCUCCUUCAUACAUAUCUGAAAAAGACCUCCCUUUAUUUAUUUUUUUGUUCUUCCCAAAAAAAAAAAAGUAAAUUUUAUCAAAGUUUUCUGCUUCUAUAUAUAUAUAUAUGCAUCUAUAGAAGAGUAGGGAUUUUUUUAUAAGGUUUGAAGUGUGUGCUGGAGCUUGUGAAUUUGUAGCUAUGGGUAUGUCUCUAUUUGUGCCUCGGAAGAAAAGGUCGUCAAAGUCGAAUAGGUCGUCAAAGUCGAAGUUGAUAAGAAGAGGAAGAGAAAGAGAAAGAGAAAGAGAAAGAGGAAGAGGAAGAGGAAGAGGAAGAGGAAGAAGACGAGAAGGAGACAGUUUCUUUGCGCCGGAGAUUCCUUUGGAUCUAGUGAUCGAGAUUAUGGCUAGAUUACCUGGUAAAUCGCUGAUGAGGUUCAAGUGCGUUUCAAAGCUCUGGUCUUCUCUGAUCCGUUCUCGAUAUUUUAGCAACCUUUAUUAUACGCUCGCGUCUCCACGGCGACCGCCUCGUCUGUAUAUCACUGUGGUGGACCAGUUCCAGCGCGGGUGUUGUUCAUUAAUGGAGUUGGAGGUCUGCAACAACCCCCACAAGUCUCUUCUGCUAUCAUUGAAAUCAUCUUCUAGUAAUACUGCUAAUAAGUAUUUCUACCAAGAUUUGGCCGUGCCAGGGAUGGGAGGACGCAACGUGGUAAUUCUUCGCGGCUUGCUUUUAUACAAUGUUUGUUCUAAAGCGUGCAUCUAUUAUCCCACCACCAGAGAAAGCCUAUACUUACCCGCCGUAAAAUCCACCAUCUUUCCCCAAAAACGUAUUCAUAAUAGAGUCGUCUACUCUUUCGGACACGACCCUGUUCUUGACCAAUACAAAGUAUUCUGCACUGUUGUGACAGCCUCCAAAUAUUUUAAGCGUAUAACCUCGGAGCAUUGGGUCUUGGUACUAGAAGCUGGAGGUGGUUCCUGGAAAAGAGUUCAGUUUGGCUUACCUCAUUAUCCUACCGGACCAGGACUGUGCUUCGAUGGAGUUAUAUAUUAUUUGGCUUCCACUGGUAUGUGUCGCGAAAUCCUUGUCAGUUUUGACGUUAGGUGUGAAAAGUUAAAUAUGAUCCAAGUACCUCAUGUCGUGUCUGAAUUUGGCAAAGAUGCGGGUUUGAUACAAUAUGGUGGGAAACCAGCUAUUUUUGAUCAUACCAAUCUUGGAGGAAAGGGUUAUGCGGACUUAUGGGUCUUGGAAGGUGCUGGAAACUGGUCGACAAAAUCACUGGUUUUACCGCCUUGUCAGAUCCAUCUACUCCAUAACAACAUUGGAUUUAGGUUACAAGGCACAACUCAAAAAGGCGAAGUUAUCUUGGUGCCCUGUAAGUUUUCUUCCCUUUCAUACAUUCUCUUUUAUGAUCUACAAAAGAAUAAUUUGAAGAAGAUUGAAAUCAAAGGAAAACUGGAGCGGAUUACUAAGCCGUUCUUCUGUGUGAAACUUAUGGAUAAGAGUGAAAGCAUCAUCCACUUGGAAACUUGAAUACAAUUAUUUGUUUUUUUUUUUCUUAUUCCAAGUUAAAAUUAUCAUUAUCCUAUUAUUGUUUUCGCGUUGAAUAAGACAAUGCAACUAUAUAUUAUGUAAUUUUAAUUUUACUUCUGUUGCAAACAAAA